CGCUCUCCGCCCGAGCCCGCAGGGGGAGGGGUUGGGGGCGACGAGUUUCAGGGUCACCCACGUCCACCCUACCCUUCUCGGCGGGUCUUCGGGGCCCUCCCCAUCGCCUUUUAGGGGACCCGAUGGCCUCGGAAGGCCUUGCGGGGGCGCUGGCGGCCGUUCUGGGGGGCCGGGGUCUGCGGGUACAGAGCUGCGAUUCGAAACCGGCCGGGGAGCCGCUGGCGCCCGUGCGGCUGCGGAAGAAUGUCUGCUACGUGGUGCUGGCCGUGUUCCUCAACGAGCAGGAUGAGGUGCUACUGGUCCAGGAAGCCAAGAAAGAGUGCCGUGGGUCGUGGUACCUACCCGCGGGGAGGAUGGAGCCUGGGGAGACCAUCGUGGAGGCGCUGCAGCGGGAGGUGAAGGAGGAGGCUGGGCUGCACUGUGAGCCUCUGACAUUGCUGUCCUUGGAGGAGCGGGGCCCCUCCUGGAUCCGCUUCGUGUUCCUUGCUCGCCCUACAGGUGGAAUUCUUAAGACUUCCAAGGAAGCAGAUGCAGAGUCCUUGCAGGCUGGCUGGUACCCACGAACCUCGCUGCCCACUCCACUUCGAGCCCAUGACAUUCUGCACUUGGUAGAGCUAGCCGUGCAGUAUCGCCAGCAAGCCAGGCACCCUCUCGUUCUGCCCCAAGAGCUUCCCUGCAGUUUGAUCUGCCAGCGGCUUGUGGCCACCUUUACCAGUGUCCAGACAGUGUGGGUGCUGGUUGGCACUGUGGGGAUGCCUCACUUGCCCAUCACCGCCUGUGGCUUUGCUCCCAUGGACCAGAGGGGUGGCAUCAAGAUGGCUGUCCUGAGGCUGCUACAGGAGUGCCUGACCCUGCACCAUUUGGCAGUGGAGACCAAGGGGUUGCUUGGACUGCAGCACCUGGGCAGAGACCAAACGGAUGGCAUCUGCUUAAACGUGCUGGUGACGGUGGCUUUCCGGAAUCCAGGUUUCUGCACUGCACCAAAAGAGACAGUGCCUCUUCAAUCAAGCAGAGCUCAUAGACCCAGUUGCGCAAGGGGACAAUGAUGGCAUGACUCCCUAAGGGGAUGCGAGGACUUUCUGAACCAGGGCUGGCAUCGCCUCAUCAUUUUCCAGGCCUGCCUCAGUGAAGGCUUCAUUCGGAUCCUUGGGCACUUGGAACAAGGAGGGGGCACUGAGGAAGGUCAUUCCAAGGGAGUGGGUCCCUGGCUGAGUAAAGAGGUGUUGCUCACUU